CUGAACCAGGAGGUCCAGCCAGCAGCUGUCAGUCACCAUGGCAGCAGAAGCUGUUUCCUGAUCUCCUUGAGAGCUGGGCCAGCCUCUCCCUGAGGAGGCUGGUGCAAGGAGCACCUGCCCCUGAGUGGAAGGAGACAGUAUCGCUCUCGACCGGAUCGUCUGUGGAGCUGCGAGUGUCCCAGCCCUGGCCAGUCCCUUUUGUGUCUCCACCCAGACACCCACUGUCCCUCUACUCACUGUCCCUCUACCCACUGUCCCUCUACCCACUGUCCCUCUACCCACUGUCCCUCCACCCACUGUCCCUCUACCCACUGUCCCUCCACCCACUGUCCUUCCAAUCACUGUCCCUCCACCCACUGUCCCUCCACCCACUGUCCCUCUACCCACUGUCCCUCUACCCACUGUCCCUCCACCCACUGUCCCUCCACCCACUGUCCCUCCACCCACUGUCCCUCUACCCACUGUCCCUCUACCCACUGUCCCUCCACCCACUGUCCCUCCACCCACUGUCCCUCUACCCACUGUCCUCCACCCACUUUCCUCCACCCACUGUCCCUCUACCCACUGUCCCUCCACCCACUGUCCCUCUACCCACUGUCCCUCCGCUUCAUGUGGAUUAGUGGAGGUUGAAGGAAUUGCAAACAUCUGAAGCUGACCUGUCCCACAGGCCACCCGCUCCUCAUCAGCCACCUGCCCUUGACUCACUCUGGAUCGACGAGACAGACGAGGGGGCUCUCCUGUGUGCGCUGCCCUGGCCCCCGCUCGCCCGUGUGUGUUUAUGCGUGGGCCUCCUCGGUCCUCCUGCGACCGGCCUCGCUUCCCUGGAGGGUGGAGGAGCGGAGCUCAGCGUUCGUCCCUGGCUGGUGGAGCUCAGAUGGGAGGCAGCACUGCCCGGGGCCGUGGCUGGGACUGGGGAUGCUGAGCGGGGGGAGGGAGGGCCUGUUUGAGCUGGGACGGCGGCUCCAACAGCAGGGGGAGGCUCAGGCCGCGCUGCACUGUUUCCUCAGCAGCCUGCUGGGGCUCACGCACGUGCAGGGCUUCACCUCGCUGCCCAACUGUCUACACCAGAUCGCUGAGCUCUUCAUCACUGAAAAGAAUUAUGGGAAGGCCCUGCAGUUCAUACAAGCUGAGAAAAUGUUCUACGAGGUGGCCCUGAUCGAGCUUACCUCUCUGCAUGGUUCCACAGGACCUCAGGAGGAGGCUAUGCUGGGCUCGGCAGGAGGAUGUGGGUCUCCAGAGGAGCUUUCAGACCAGGCCUCCCAGGCGCAGCACCUGGAGAGGCUAGCGCAGCUCUGCAUCAUGAGCAAACGACCUCACCUUGCAUUAGAGUACAGUGGAAAGGCGACUAAAAUACACCAGAAGGCUUUUGGGAACGAUCACCCCAUCACAGCCAGAAGCCUGGAGUUGCUAGCCACAGUCUAUGCCGAGAUCGGCAAGACUGAAUACUCAGACUCUCUGGGCCAGUGUGUGUCCGCCCUGUCCAAGAGGUUUACGGCUGCAGAGUCCUUCAGAGACACCCUGAACGGGCUGCCCCACGCCCACACCCACUGCCACCGGGAGAAACGCUCUGAGCUGCGGAACAGAAAGGAAGUACACCAACAGGAGGACUCCUCCAACCUCCAGCCCGCCGGCAGUAAGACCCCCACCUCCAUCUUGAAGAGGCCGGGGCCAGGGUCCGACACCGAGGCCGUCCACAGGCGGAAAGGCGAGCGGCGGGUUCGCUUCAGAGAGCCUGAGACCACGGUGCACGACAUCCCAUAUGAGCGUUUGGGCGCAUAUGACACAUCACAAGCCCGCUCCCACCUGGCCCUGUUUACCUGCCUGUUCCUGAUGAUGUCACUGCUGGGCGUGGCGCUGUACUGCACGGAUCGCCGGCGGCCUCAGCGCAUGUGUGAGGACCUGGAGGCCUCUCUGGCAGUCUACCUGCUGAAGGCCAAGCAGCUGGUCUGGGCCUGCUGGGGCUGGCUCACCAUGCAGUGACGGGAACCAGCCGCCAGGAAGGACAGGGAGCAAGAUCUCCACGCUCUCUGCAUCCGCCCGGACGCUCCCGGAACAGCUCAGUCCACCGCCGCCCGGCUGAAACUCUUUCUAUGGCCAUGGGCUGAGCUCCCUUACUGUUAAUCUCACACGAGUAGGAAGAGCCUCGUAAUCCCAGAGAUAAUGUAGCUUCGAUGCUUGUAUGUAUAUGUACCUGGGGGGAGGGGGGGCCCGUUCAGUUCGGUUGGUAUAUUUUGCACAUUUGCAAAGCUAAAGCUCACUGGUUAUGCUCACUUAACUGCUACGGUCAUUUGCCUUUUUUGAUUAUCGGCACACAUUUAUUGUACGUGUGUGAAUGUUUCCAUGGAAUGCAAAUAUUUAUUUUAUUACAAAACUAUAACAUUU